UGGGUCAAUGCCACAAUCGGAGAAUUCAAAAGAUGCCGAAAAAGAGAAGGUGAUGCGUUCACGACGUGGUACUGUCGAUACAGAGAUCAGCGGAGCACUCACAGUUCUUCAGAGCUCAUUGGACGUUGACGAUGCUCCGUAUCGAGCCCGUCUCUAUCAGCUCUUUGGGCACAUUGAAAAGGAGUUUGACACAUUGUAUGCCGAGAAUUGUGCUCUUUCAGUACGUGCUCGAAUUGUUCAAUUGACACAAACUGAAGGUGAAGCAGCGAAUGUUGUGGCGCAGGAGGUUUUUGGAGUUCAAGAAUCUGGAAAAUCAAGUCGAAAAGCAAUUCAAAUGGGUCAAAAGUUGCGAACAGCUCUUCGAGGACCUCCAGUAUUCCGUGAUGGAUCAAAAUUCCGAUUGAGUCGACUUCUAGAAGGACAUAAAGAUGGUGUAUGGCAUGUGGCAGCUGAUUCGACAAGAAAUAUUUGUGCAAGUGCGAGUGCAGAUCAAACCGCCCGUAUCUGGUCAUUGGAAAGUGGAGCCUGUCUGGCAACAUAUACUGGACACACUGGAAGUGUCAAUUGUGUGGCAAUCUCCAAUAAUUGUGCUGUGGAUAGUACUGAAGGAUCCGGACCAGCGUCAGGACUGUUGCUGGCGACAGCGAGUGGUGAUGAGUCAACGCAUAUUUGGAAGGUUCCCAGUAAUAAUGCUCCAUCCGAUCACAGUUCCGAGGAAGAAGAGGAGCACCACCGAGAUCCGAACAACUUGCUCGGCGUCGUCGAACACAAUCGCUUCACCUCGUCCAGCGAAAAAUCCGACGGUCAUCGGAUCCGUGUCCCUGUUAUGCGGCUUACCGGACAUCGAGCUCCUGUUAGCUGUUGUGAAUGGCUUGCUGGAGGACAGCAGAUGGUCACUGCUUCCUGGGAUCGAACGGCAAAUGUUUGGGAUGUUGAGAAAGGAGAAGUUGUGAAUAUUUUAAGUGGUCAUGAAAGUGAGCUUAAUCACUGUAGCACUCACUCCAAUCAAAAGCUCGUGCUCACCUCAUCCAAAGACUCCACCUUCCGCCUCUGGGAUUUCCGAGAAGCCAUACAGUCGGUCGCAGUGUUCCAGGGACACCAGGAUUCAGUGACUUCGGUCAGCUUUAACACGGACUAUCGAAUCGUGUCGUCCAGUGACGAUGCUACUGUAAAAAUCUGGGAUCUUCGAAACAUGCGAACCCCGCUGGCCACGAUUCGGCUCUCAUCACCGGCGAAUCGUGUGGCGAUCAGCAAGUCACAUCCGGUCAUCGCCAUCCCAAUGGAUAAUCGUCACGUCAGGAUCUAUGAUCUCAAUGGAAAUCGCCUGCCACGUAUGCCGAACCGCCGAUGUCACGAACGAAUGGUGACGUGCUGUGCAUGGCUCGACGAGCAUCCUGCCAACAAUCUGCUCACCGCUGGUUUCGAUAGAAUGGUCGCUGCGUGGAAAGUCAAUACAACAACUUCAUAAUAUUUAAACUUUUUCUAUUUGUUGCCAGAAAAGCUUUGUGACAUUUUAGCCAUGAGACAUUCCAGUUUAUUUUUCACAUGUAAGUAAGUAAGUAAUUUUUAAAAAUGAUAGCGUGCAAAUAAAUACAUUCAGCUAAUA